AAAUCUAAAAAAGUCUCUACCGAGUAGAAGGCUGCUGCCAGAGCCCGAGUCCGUACACCGCGCGACAAUGGCGGCGUCACUGAGACUGCCCUCACUCACCUCCUUCUUCACCUCUCCCUCCGCCACUAUACGCCGCCGCUCUCCCGCCGUCCUACGGUGGCGGCACCGGCCGCGGUACCCGCUGACCGCCGCCUUCUCGUCCCAGAGCGCCGCCGCUAGUCCUCCGGGGACCGAGGAGCGGGUCGCCGGCAAAAAGCCCCAGUCGGACGACCGAGUCGUCACACCCCGGUCCGUUGACUUCAAUGCCUGGUACCUCGACGUGAUCGACCACGCUGAGCUCGCGGACUAUGGUCCGGUUCGCGGGACCAUGGUGAUACGUCCCUACGGUUAUGCCAUUUGGGAAGCUAUUCAAGAGUAUUUGAAUGUUAAGUUCAAGGAGACUGGUCACAGCAAUAUGUAUUUUCCCCAGUUCAUACCGUAUUCCUUCAUAGAGAAAGAAGCUAGCCAUGUGGAAGGUUUCAGUCCGGAGUUAGCUCUGGUAACUAUUGGGGGAGGAAAGGAACUUGAAGAGAAGCUCGUGGUUCGACCUACAAGUGAGACCAUUGUUAAUCACAUGUUUACUCAGUGGAUUCAUAGUUACCGUGAUCUUCCUCUCAUGGUAAACCAGUGGGCAAAUGUCACAAGAUGGGAGAUGCGGACGAAGCCUUUUGUAAGGACCCUUGAAUUUCUGUGGCAGGAGGGGCACACAGCCCAUGCUAAUCCAGAAGAGGCUGAGAAAGAGGCUAUGCAGAUGAUUGACGUCUAUACAAAAUUUGCUUACGAGCAAGCUGCAAUACCUGUUAUUGCAGGUCGGAAGUCAAAGGUUGAAACAUUUGCUGGUGCUUCUAGGACCUAUACAAUAGAGGCUAUGAUGGGUGAUCGUAAAGCUCUGCAGGCCGGGACAAGUCACAAUCUUGGGCAGAACUUUUCUCGAGCCUUCGGGACACAGUUCACUGAUGAAAAUGGGCAAAGGCAGCAUGUGUGGCAGACAUCAUGGGCUAUCAGCACUCGCUUUGUUGGUGGUAUAAUCAUGACUCAUGGAGAUGAUGCUGGGUUAAUGCUUCCACCGAGGCUUGCACCUGUACAAGUGGUAAUUGUACCAAUAUGGAAGAAAGAUAGUGAAAAGCAAGGGGUCCUAGCUGCUGCAUCAUCUGUCAAAGUCGUUCUGAAAUCUGCGGGAAUAAAAGUGCAACUCGAUGACUCCGAGCAGAGAACCCCAGGAUGGAAAUUCAAUUUCUGGGAGAUGAAGGGUGUCCCUCUAAGAAUUGAAAUAGGUCCUCGUGAUGUUUCCAGCAAUAGUGUGGUUGUAUCCAGGCGAGAUAUUCCUGGAAAACAAGGCAAAGUGUUUGGAAUAUCCAUGGAGCCUCCUGUUAUAGAGGCUUACGUAAAAGAAAAGCUGGAUGAGGUCCAGUCUUCUCUACUAGAAAGGGCAAUAUCAUUUAGAGAUGGAAACAUUGUGGAUGUGAGCUCAUAUGAUGAACUCAAAGAUGCAAUUUCCCAGGGAAAAUGGGCUAGAGGUCCUUGGUCAGCAAGUGACCAAGAUGAAUUGAAAGUCAAAGAAGAGACUGGUGCAACUAUUCGGUGCUUUCCUUUUGAACAGCCUGAAGAGGUCAAGACAUGCCUUAUGACUGGAAUUCCUGCCAAGGAAGUUGCCAUUUUUGCGAAAUCCUACUGAUUCUUUCUGCUCUUUUUCCAAGGAUCCUCAUGAUUUCUUGCUAUCUCGGUCAACAUUGGUAAAAGAUAGUAUUGUCUCCGCACUGCGAUUGAUAGAUUUGAUAUAAUGGGUUGGGAAAAGGUGUACCAUUAAUAACUAUACAUUCCUGAGCUGUUAGAGUGGCACGUUGUAAUAUCAAUCGUUUUCUACUUGUAUGAUGGUUUAGUUAGAAAUCUUUCUUAUCAAUUGCCAUUGGGAAUUCAGAGGUAAGUUGUCUGAGAUUGGAUAUUUGAUCAUGUACUCGUAGCUAAUAAAUGAAAAGUUAUAUGCUUGCAGAAAA